AUGACUACCACCACCACCACCACGCGCACCUUCCCCAACGAGACCCCCGAGUACCGCGCCGCCCGCACCGCCCUGCUCGAGAAGGAAGCCGAGCUCGCAGCCCUCACCCGGUCCGUCGUCGCCGAGCGCCAGCGCCUCCCGCCCGGCGGCGCCAUCAAGGACGACUACGUCUUCCACACGACGUCGGGCACACCCAUCAAGCUCUCGGACCUGUUCGCAAAGGACAAGGGCUCGUCGCUGGUCAUCUACUCGAUGAUGUUCCCCGACGGCAAGCCCUGCCCGCACUGCACCAACGUCGUGAACGGGCUCGAGGGCGUCGCUGCCACCGUAGGCGCCACGCACGCCAACUUUGUCGUCGUGGCCAAAGCGCCCCACGACCAGGUGGCCGCGUACGCGGCCAAGAUGGGGUGGAAGGACCUCACGCUGCUCUCGUCGGCGGGCACGACGUUCAACGCGGACUAUUACGCCGAAGAGGCACAGGGCGCGCGCGGGGGUGCCGGCGGGCAAAACUCGCUCCUCACCGUGUUCCGCAAGCUCGACGACGGGUCGGUGCACCACCACUGGACGAGCGAGAUGGCGUUCAAGGAUAACGACGAGAGCUCGUUCUGGCCCGUGUACCCCCUUUUCGGCAUCAUCAAUCUCACCGUCGAGGGCGACGUGUAG